GUGUAGUUGUUGCAUUGAGCUUGUUAGCAAACCGCCUCCGUACCCAUGUGAUUUGAUGUGUGUCUGGAGUGUAGCCUGCACAGCCUGUCCAGAGCGGUUUCUCUGUUUGUUAGUGCUGUUGAUGAGGUCCACAGACGGAAUAUGACACAUUUUACGACUAGACUGCCUUUCUUUCUUCUGGAUAACUAAAAACUGGUCUGAGGCUUUGGUUCUGUUGUAGCCUGAUGUUAGCAUGCCCUGAACUCAUCCGGUCUGUAAUAUUUGGUGUUACUCGUAAAUUUGACUGGUAAGUGAUGCUGUCUUAAAUCUAAUGUUAAAUCACAAUAUCAGCUUGUGUACAGCUAAUGUGUACGUCUGAAUUAAGCACUAUAUCUUGUGAAGACUGCGGGUGUGUAUUAGCAAGCUUAGCCUUGUUAGCGAGGUCAAAUGAACAGAAAAUAGACAGCUACAAAUAGCUAAUGUAGCUAUAAGCCAAACUGUCUGACUCCAAGGUUUGGCAGCCUUGUUACCGUGGUUUAUUUACCACCUGAGAGCUAUUAGUCACAUACACCUUCAGUAAUACGUCAGAUAGAGGUUGCCCUCCUAACACAAAACAGUAAUACCCUGCUGGUUUUGUUGACCAGGAGCAGGAGCGUGCCCGGAAGGGUGAUCAGUGAUGGCAUGGGGCCUCUUUGAAGCCUGAUAGGCCACCCAGGGUUAUACCAAUAUCCUUAGAUAUGAUUGAUAUUUUUUAUGUCCUGUUUAAGUACACCUGAGACAAGUGGGGUUGUCUUAAAUUCUCAAGGGACAUGACUAAUACUGCGUUCCAGUUACCUCGGAAGUCGGAUGUGGGAGCUGGGAAUGACGCUACACACGAGUUGAUGGUGUUCCAGUUAACAACUCAGAAAACCAAGAUGGAUGCCUAAAGAAGUUGUUAAUAAAUGAUACUAAAUGAUACAUUACGAGAGCUUUCACUGUUACUCUUUACUGUUGAUGCACUGCGCUGCCAUCUUAGAUAAUGGUGAGGAUCGUCCGACUUUCUGAGUCAGAAAACCCCCGACUUCAGGGGGAUGUUGCAGUCGGAAAUUCUGACUUCCGAGUACAACUGGAAGGCAGCAUAAGACCAGACAUCACUCAUGCUACCAUAUGGGAGGGAUGAAAGCUGGAGGGACUUGGUAAACCCUGGCUAAGCAGCAUAAAUGCAGAACAAGUUUCAACAACUGAAUUGAAAUCAAAAUGCUUUUUAAAAAAUUAUUUAUAAAUUUUUAUUUUCGUUUACAGAAAAACCACCAAGCAGAAAUGCUUAACAGCUGACAAAAAGCCAAGACUUACUGCGUACCACGGAAGUCAGAAGUCCGAGCUGAAAAAAACGUCACACCCAAGUUACAAGCGUUUCAGUUACCAAGUCGGAAAAUAGCAAAAUCGAAGGCGAAAAUAAGAUGGCUACAUCUACGAAUGAUAUUUUGGCGCUUGCCUUGUCCGAACAUGAGGCAAAAAGCAAAAUCGGAGGCGGAAACAAGAUGGCUACAUCUACGAAUAAUAUUUUAGCGCUUGCCUUGUCCGAACAUAAGGCAAGCGCUAAAAUAACUUUGGUAGAUGUAGCCAUCUUUUUUCCACCUCCGAUUUAGCUUUUUUCUGACUUGGUAACUGAAACACUGGUAACUCAGGCGUGACAUCAUUUUCAGCUCCGACAUCUGACUUCCGAGGUAACUCGAACACAGCAUUAUAAUACCAUAGUGUGGCACACACUGCGCACUGUAACUGUAAUAACCAUCUUAAGUUAACUCACCUGGUUGUUUUUAAUGUGUCUGUUUUAUUAUUAUUUAUGUUAUUAUCACUAUUAGUUGAACUGGUGAAAAAACAAUAAUCCUGACAGGGAGAGGAGGGGGUUGGCUUGCCUCAGUAAAUUAUAUACACAGAAGUGGCAUAUCAGAUAUCUGUGUGAUGCUUAAAAUUUGGUGAUCAAAGUAGAAGUGUAUUAGUGAAGAGAGAAAGAGUAGUAAAGUGCAUUCCAUUCCUUGUCCCUGCUGGGCCACCUCAAAUAAAAAAAUCUGGACACGCCCCUGCCCAUGAGUAACUGGCAGCAGAGAAUUAGUCCUGACAUGCAUGUAUGAAAUGUGUUGUGCCUUGUUGGGCGGUGUUCGGGAGUCAGCAGUUAAAGCCACUGCAGGACGUGAUUUUCAGGUUAUUCUCCCUUCAUAACGUCUCAGCAACUCUAAAACGCUCAUUUCCUCCGACCACCCCAGGAUGCUGACAGUCAGUUGGGUGGGGCUGACGCGGAUGACAGUACACGGGAGCAGAGCCCAGGGAUAAACCACACCGCUCAGGAUCAGGGUUAAGAAAAGGAGGGAGCGGAUUGUCGGUAAAGCCAUGACCAAGUCCGAGUCAAAGAAAAGCGGCGUGGCAGCGAUCAACGCCGCAACCAAGUGCGCCACUGCCUCAUCCGCCGCCACCACCGCCGCCGUCGAGCAGGUCAAGAACGGCUCCGUCGAGUCGGGCAGUCCGAAUCCGGGCGCGCAGAGCAGAGCCAGUGUGAUGAAGCAGACCUCCAGAGAGAGCCUGCACCGGAAAAACACGGAGUGUGAAGUCUUUGACGACGGGACCAACACCUUUUUCUGGUGAGUGCUUGUCUGGUAAUGUCAACAGUACAAAGUCAAACAGUGAACGCUGCAGCCUUUAGAAUAACAGUGCUAUUUUACCUGGAGGGAAAACUGCAGAUAAAUGCAUGUGUUAUGGUUACAGCAGGGUGUUUGAAAGCUUUCAAGGUGAACUGAAAGACAGACCUGUAUGACCUCCAUUUCAAAACAAAAUGUUGUGACAUAUCUUUAUUGCGUCAAAUAGUUUUUUAAGUGUCCUUGUCAUGACUCCCUGGCUGAAAAUGAUACUUCAAAUUGACAUCUUUGCUAAGGGCAUAUUGUUACAAGCCAAUAUUACUAUCCCCCCGCAUAGACCUUGAGGAGAGAGUUACAUGGCACACUUGAGGUCAGGACAGAUACUCUUUCUAUGCAGAGAACUGCACUUGUGAGUUAUGCAUGCACCUACUGACACAAAUUCACACUCAAGUCUGUACAGAGCAUGGUGGCGUGUGCGGGGUGUAUGUGCUAUGAUGUGAGAUCAUGAGGGCAUGAGGAAAGGCUGGAAAAGUGACAUUCUUUAAUAUAUCCAACACUGACCCUUCAACCUGUCGAGAACAUUUAAACCUGAGUGCAUGUAUAUAGUGCAUGCCUUUUAUCUCUGCUCUGUGUGCAAAAGCAAGUGGGCAGGAAGAAACUGCUAAGCUGUCCAAUAUCUUUGACAGCAGAGAGGAGCCUUAAUGAGAGUUUCUCAUUACAGUGUGAGGACCUUAGCAUCCAGGUUUCCUGUUAUUGUUUUACUCAGGGAAUUAGCAGGAACUUAGAUGCUGAGAUACCUUUGUAUAUUAGGUAAGUUAUUAAAGUGGGCCAGCAUCCUUAAGUAUGAAAAGAAGUUUCCUGUAAAUGGCCAACCCUAUUGAUGUCAAUAAGAGUAGACUAACAAAUAGAAACACAGUUUACUCCAUAGGGUAUAGUUAAGCAACUGUACAAGCAGUUUGAGCACAUACUGGUUAUUGUAACUGUUAGAGAAGUAAAAACUGAUGUAGUUUUUGUAUUUAACUGUAUUGGCUUUAGGUGCACACAUGACUGGCAACAGUGUACAACUACUUUAUUAAAGCAGCGGUUCCAUUUUCCAUGGAACCACUGACCCCAUGGAAAAUGACCCCCUACAGGACUUUCACAGGAAAAGAGUGAUGCACUGCUGGAAUAAUAAACAUACAUUUUCAUGUUUUUACCAAUAGGAGGGAGGGAAACUUAGUUUUUGACACAGUCUGACCAACAGAAAGUUGACUAAACCACGCAGCAAGUGCACUGUUGUGAUUUUAGAUGAUAUGUAUAAAUCUAAUUUGGUCAAACUCAUGGCAGAUGAAACCUGGGUAACCCUGGGUUAGGAACCGUUGCUCCAGAAGACGUAGUAUUGAGAUACUGUUUCAAGAUUUCAUUAUGAUAUUGACUGAAGCUCACUUAAAUUUGUCACAAAGCUCCAGCUCUGGUUUAUGGCUGCAUUUUCAUCAUUACAAUAUGACCAUACACAACCUUCAAUUCAGAGGGGAGGAAUGCUGUCAGAACUAUGGACCUUUAUACAAAAACAACCGGAUUACAUCAUAGACAUAGAACUGUAAAUUUGAUCAAAUAGACAAGCAUCAGUAACAGUACAUUUUUUGCAUGUCAUACCAUCACAAUACUAGUUAUUGCUCAUCCUUCCUAUGUUUGCACCAUUCUGCCUGUGCAUUUUCAGUAUGUGCUGAGUUAAGAAUUAAGCCUCACAGUGGUUGACUGUCUCUCCUAGUCCAUCACAAUAGCGCACUGACAACGAAGAAUGUCUGCAGCUGCUUUCCUCGUGGUGAACUUGCAUACUGGUGGCCACUUCUUCAUAGCAAUCUACUUUAUGAAUUUUUUAGGAUAACUGAAAAAAUACAUAUGAUUAGACCUUGAAAAUUAGUGUCUACGGCCUGUAGUGUAAGCGCAGCUGAGGGUAGGAAUGGCUGUGAUGUAGUGAGGGGAAAAAAAACAAACUUAAAUUUGAACACACGUCAAAUGUUGAAGCUAAAAACAUUAUGAAUGUUCAAUGGCUCACAUUUAAAAGUUGAUGCAGCACAUUAAAAAAUGAAACAGGGGCAUGUUUGCCAUGGUGUUGCACCAUCUCUUCUUAUAACAACACUGUAAAUGUUUGGUAACCUAGGAAACCAGUUUCUGGGUUUCGAUAGUUAAAUGUUGUCCCAUUCUUGCCUGAUGUGAGAUUUUAACUUCACCACAGUUAGGGGUCCCCUUUUUAUCUUAUAAAAGGAGACACGUUUGGACUGGAGGCAGGCCAGUUAAGCACAAUAACUCUGAUGUAAGGUGCCUUCUCUGAUGUAUAAGCUGCUACCCAUGCCAUCGUGGAUGCUGGCUUUUGAAGUAUGCACUAAGUGGUCCCUCUACCUUUUAGAACAACGGAUGUAUUGUCCAUAAUUUCCAAAAAGAAUGUCAGAAUUCAACCAUGCAAAGUUUUCCACUUCAGGCCCAGAGAAGUCACUGGUAUUUUCUGAUCAUGUUUAUGUACAGUUUUCUCAUAAGGAACUAUUCACAGGACAUAUUUUCAGAUGUGGCCUUGAGCUCAUGCAGUGAUUUCCACUCCAGAAUCAUGUCUGCUUUUAAUGCACUGCUGCCUAAGGGCCCAAAGAUCACUGCCAUCUGGUACUGGUUUGGGGCCUUGUGGUUUUAGUACAGAGAUUUCUCUUGAUUUUUUUAAUCUUUUGAUGAUAUUGUGUGUUGUGAAAUCAUCUAAUUCGUUGCACAUUCACACUCAGGAACAACUAUAAAUAAUCAAUUUAUUUAUUUGCAUUACAAAACUUUUCUGUGUUUUGAAACAUGAUGUUGCUGGCAUCAAAUUUUAAAAUGAGCUCAUAUUUUCAUAAACAAUCUAACAUUCCCAUUUCAACAUUUGAUUUGUCCUCUUUGCAUUAUUUCCAGAUACAUACAGGCUUUUCAUGAUUUGCGAACUAUAAAAUCUUAAUGGAAUUGGGGUUGUAUAAUACUGUUAUGGUGUAUUUAGGCCUAUCGGUGUAAUAUGUUUACAAAGCUUCCUCACUUAAAACCAAAGACUAGGUUUGUUGUCAGUCUGUACUGAAGCAUAUUGGUCGGAUUGUAUAACAGCAAUACUCCAAAGAGCCGUCUGUUUACGGAAGCAGCUUCCUCAGGUUGUUAUUUAAGAGGUUUCUUGUAUGUCAUGCAAGAUGUCUUAUUAGCACAGAGUGGAGUUGGGGAAGUGUUUUUCUCCUGAUAAAAGGGGAAGAGUAUAGAUAAACCUUUUAUAGAACUGAGCCUGACGAAGCAAACAUUUAUGCUGGUACACUGCAUUUGGUUUUUCCCUAAAUAGCACUGCUGCCCACACAGCUCCAAAGCACUUCUGACAAUGAUUUCAGACUUCUAAAAAUACCUUGGAAAAAGUUUUAUUUUUAACAUAAUUUUAAAUCAAGAAUUGAAAAGUCAGGGUAUGACACCACUGGAUUUGAUGUUAUCUAAAUGUCACAAGGGCUGUGAACCUGUGACUCGUAAUUUACUGUCAUCAUGGAAACUUGAGCCUGCUGUGGUCAAACCCAGUGGACUGUUAAUGUAGUUUUUUGAUAAAGGCACUUUUCUUUGAAUCAGUAUUUUUAACAAACAUUUAGACCACAAAUUUUAUUGUAAGUUCAGCUUGUUAAUCAGUUAAAAGACUUGUGUUUCCGCUGCAUCUGCCUUCCCUCUACACUUGUGCAUAGUUGUCAGGCAAGGGAGAAGCCAAGCCCUCCCCUGUGUCUCCUGCCAAACAGGUUGGAUAAGGAGCUAGAGCAGGGAGAACAUGCUAAUGACACCCGGCUCACCGUCUCUCUGACUCAGAUUCUGGGCAAAAAGGUUGGCGGGUAGGUGGGGUGACACUAGUGUGAUAGAUGACAGCUGUGGCCUCGUGACAAUAAUUAGGUUCCAUUGGACAACAAGACAGGUUUUUUUUAAUUUAUGAUUUCUAGUGUGUGUGUGAGAGUUGCUACAGACUAAAAUAGCCAAUGUCACUGACUGUGCUGCUGACCUACAAAACAAUUAAAAACACUAAAAAGAAUUGAACUGUGUUGCCCAAUAUUUUACUAAUGCUAGGAGACAUGAAAUGUUUAUUUUUUCUCAGGCAACUCAUUGUGACUGCUAUUCUUUUUCAUCUCCGGAGAGCAGUUCUGUCACAGAGCAUGCUCGAGGGAAAUGGUUUCAUGUUUGUGCCUUUUUAGCUGAGGGGAAUGACAACACUUGGAGUUCAUGGUCUGCAGUUUGUCACAAAUUGUACCCAGAGAGUAUUGAUUGUGCCUCUGUUAGAAAGGAAAAACAAAAUAGUAAUGGAAGUUUAUUUACCUGACAGUGACCCACCGAGCACGCUGAUGUUUGAAUUGAGCCGACUGCUGUGAUUUUGACAGCUGACAUCCCCCGCAAGCAAAUCAAACACAACAUCAGCAAGAGGGCAAGCCUUUUAAAAGUGCACACAUCGACUCUGAGCUGAAUCCCAUGGUUUGCUUUGGGUCGUACCAUUAAUGAUUAAUAUGUGGCUACAACUAAUGGUUCUAUUGAUAACCAAUCAGUUGACAUUUUUCUCUUUUACAGAUGCGCUUUUUGUCCACAAAAUACCAUAAAACAGUUUGAAAAAAUGUAAGUCAGUGUUACCCGGAAGUCCAAAAUGACACCCUCAUUUUGGGUAAUUGAAACCAACAUUCAAAACCUCUCACUGACGUGAUCUUGCCCAUCAAAUUUUUGUCAUUACAUUGUAAGAUUUUGCCAAUACUUUCCUUACCAUCCCCUUAAAAACAUACAAGUGCAUGUGUAGUCACAUGACCUGUACUGUGUGGGACAUGAAAGCAACAGCAAAGAGACCUCAGUCUCAGGGUUCACUGCUUGAGCAACUUGUACUAAAGAAAAACGCUGUGUCCGCUGUUGGCAGGACACAGUUUAGCUGUAAAGAGAUGACAAAUAGCAACUCUGUGGAAAAACAGUUUCAGUAACAAAAUGUAAUACCACCAAUCUGUUUCACCACUCGGAGCACAAUCACGUUACCAAACAUGACCGGAGGGUGGUUCAAAUAAGGAUAGGGACUGACAGGCACUCAGCAACAAGUGUGAAGGAUAUGGCUCCCUUAGAGGGUUUGAACAUGAACUUAAAACCCUGAGAAUCGUCUAGCAUAAAAACACCAAACCUUCUUAGUAAGCUAUAAGGUUAAAUACUGUAAAUAAACUAUGUACUUUAUCAUUUAUCAUAAACGAGGUAAGGUAUCAUAAUAAACCUGUUAUUUGAGGCGUUAUUGUACAGCACCAGUUCACAUUGUUUAAUAUUAUGACAACAGCUUUAAGGGCAAUCGUUUUAAAGGGAUCUGUGUAAUUGCUGUAUUUAGUUUCUCUGCUCUUAGUUACUGUAUGUUUCACAAAACACCUGUAUUUGCAUCAAGUUUCUCCUAACCAACCAAAGCUUUUACCACCACUUAAUUCAGCUCAUAGCUGUUCUCAGUUUUAUCUGAGUGCUUCCAAACACGUGGAAACAUCGCCUCUUUACCCAGACUUUCAUCUAACAGGAAAAUGUCUGCACAGCACCCUGAGACACACAGUCAUUUCCCUCCUUUUGUCUGUUGAAUUUAGACUUUUCAGGGUGUGUUUAUUAAAAAUACCCACAUUGGGAUAAGAAUGAAAUCAUGAUUCAUUGUUUGGUGCUAUUUGGAAAUAGAGGAUGAUUGUAGUUAUUAGUUAAUGUUAGGGUUGUCUGAUUAGUUUGGGCAUCCAAAGUAAAGCAUCAAAAUAAACUCAUUUUCUUCUUCUCUACAUUGGCCACAUUGAAGUCCUGAACAUGCACCUUUACCUACUUUGCAGUUUGGAAUUUUGGAGGUCCUUCUUUGUGUACCAUAUGUCCUUGUAACUUGUCUCAAUCUUUGCCCUUUGAGUUGAGAUAACCUCACAGAUAACACAGAGGUAUAUAUGAAUGCCAUGGACUUUAGACCCCAGUCCACAAAGGUAUGCAGGCAUUAUAUAUAUAGGUAUGCUGAAAUGUCACUGCCUUUAAUAAUACCGAUCCCCGGGCAAAUUGACGCAGAAGCUACUCUCUGUCUUACAGUCCUUUAUUUAGAAUAUGUGGAAGUGUCUCGUAAAAUCAUCUCUCCCGUGGUUUGUUUGUUGAAAACCCUUUUUAAACUAUUUCCUGCUGCAGUAACCCAGUUUCUCGACACAAAUCUGUUUCAACUCAGCUGUUUUAUCUCUCCGCCACUUCCUGCUUCAUAUAAAAUAUGAUUAAUCAACACAGAGAUGUAAGGACCCUAGCGCCAAGUGUAAAAGCUUUUCUAUGAUACUUUAUAGUAACAUGACUAAACAGUUUUGCUUCUAUGACACCCUCAAGUUUCAGCGGGGCACUGAUUUACUUUUUAGUAGCUCUUUGUUUCUAAGCUCCCUCUGUGUCUCAUUUUCCUCUUCAGGAGAGCCCAUACUGUGACAGUGCUGUUCAUUCUGACCUGUGCUCUUGUCUACGUCACACUGUUGGAGGAAACACCCCAGGAUACAGCCUACAACACCAAGAGGUCAGUAAUCUUCAUGCGUCACUUCCUUAGUGUCCUCGAAUUCACUCAGGAAAUGUCCUUUAUUAGCAAACAAGGACAAAUGUUUCAAGCUUUGUUCAGAUAUUGCUUUUUGGAUGUAGAGUCAGACUGAUUAAGUUUUGAUUUUAUCAUAGGAAGUAGGUAGGGAAAUAUCUAUAUUUUCUGAGUUUAUUUCUUUUGGGGUCAUGUUGCAUUACUGAGAAUUUGUGACAAAAUCAACAGAUAAGCAGCAGCUUUUUAUCUCACUUUUAACAUGAUUUGGAGUGAAUCUGCAAGACUAAAGCAAAAAGGGUGAGGCCCAGAAUUCACUGUUUCAUAUCUAAUGACUGCCUUUUUCAGCAUCAUCAGCCUUGAGUCCAGUUUUUUCAUUUGUUAGCCCCAUAAGUAAGAUUUUGCUACUGCAAAUGAACAGAGCAUACUGCUACUCUGUUUCUCCAUGGAGUACAGCUGUGUGAUGCAUUUGAGUUAUUGAAAGUAAUAAAAUGCGAGUGCUUUUUCUUGCAGUUAUAAAGCCAUUAUGAUGCAUUAAGAGUCUUCUUAGAUUAACUGUACUCUCAGCGCUGUUUGCAGCUCAUUACGCCGAGCAUCAAAACUGAGUAAGCAGUCUUCCAAUUAGUUUUUGAAAGUCAUAUUAGUGUAAAAUGAAGAUGGAUUAAAAGGUCUGACUUAACUCAAUUUCCACCGUCUGAUUUGGUGCUAGUGUAGCCCUCUUUAGGCAUGCACUCUGGAAAAUUUCAGACAAAUUUCAGGGGCUCUUACCUGGAAAUUUACCUGACUGUACUGCAUUUGACAGGAUACUGGUCUGAAGACAUACACCUCUCUGAAAAUCUUUUUUUAAAGUUUCAUACUGGUGUACAAAAACAUGCUGCCUAGUCGUACAGCAUAGGUGUCCCUGUUCAUAACUGAAAUAUAUAAAUAAAAAGUGCAAAUUGACCACCUCUGUCAUUGAUUUAAGCUCCAGCAGCAGGGAAUUAUCGAUAGGAUUUGCUUUAGUGUUAUUUUGUUUGUUUGUUUCUUUUUAUUUUGUGACAUGUUAAAUAAUAAUAAUAGUAAUAAUGAUAACAUUAUUAAUAAUAAUAAUAAUAAUAAUAAUAAUAGAAUUAAGAGUAAAAUAAAAUAAAUUACUUUUGUUAUCAUACAAUAGUGGAGAGACUUAACAAUACAAUAAAAUACAAAGUUUAUAAAUAUAAAGAAAAAAAGACAAACUAUAACUUCUUCUGUUUGUUUGUUUCUUUAUAUGCGUUACAUGUAAAUAAUAAUAAUCAUAUAAAAAUAAAAUAAAUGACUAUUGUUAUCAUACAAUAGUGGAGAUUUUUACAAUACAAUACAAAGUAGACAAAUAUAAAGAAAAAAAUAUUAUGAAUAAAAAAAAAAAACAGCUAUACUUUACAUAUCCAAAAAGAAGUGGGAAGAAGUAGUUCUUAUUUAAUCCCACCCUUUAUCCAUAUUGCAUAUUACUUUGCUUCCUUAUCAAUAUGAAUUGAUACAAUAUUAAAUUACAAUCAUGAGUACAGCCAUAUACAGACUUACACUUAUCCUUACUCAUAUAUAAACUGAAAGUUUCUCCUCCAAAUAAAAUAAAAAAUAAUAUAAAAUUCUUCAAUGAGAGCAUCCGGGCUUAAUCCCAAAAUGAUACCAGGGGCUUAGCAGGAUGUAUUUCAAGUGAGGUCAAGGUAAAAAAACUUUUUUUUUUAGAUAAAUAAUAAAGCUGUGUUUGUGGUGUCUCCAGUCUGACAGGACAGAGUUUUAUAAAAUGAUAUUUAACAGAGCUUUUUUUAUCUGCAUGUAAAAGUUCUCUUUUCUUUCAACUCUCUCAAACCACAGCUGGUCAGAAACUGAAUUAUGUAAGCUCAAUUUAAGCAAUAGCGUAAUGGAAAUUAAGUACACAAGCCAAUCCACUGAUUUCAGAAAAAGUUUUUUAUAGAGGCCUAACAUCCCUCUGUGCUGCUGUGGUAAAGCAGUGAGGAAAAAGUGCAUUAGUUUUGGCAAAUUGCACUCAUCUCCUGCUUUUGAUUUGCUGUGCUCCUAAUUCCUCUUCUCAGGGUGUUACACAAACAUCUCACAAAUCAUUUUAACCUUUUUAGACAGAGUUGCUAGAGCUGACCCAGAUUUUUUCACUUUGUCUGCCUGUGCUUCUUCUUCAUGUGAGUUUGUGUCUGAUUUGGAGAAAUCUGAUGAUGGUCUGAAUUUGAGCUUUACGUCCUACAACUCUCAGGAGUUUAAUGGUUAUUAAAUAUCCCCAAAUCCCCAUGAUUAGUGUGAACCAACUGUGAAAAACAGUUCAGUAGUUUGAGACUCUUGAUGCUGAAAUCGUUUCAUAUUCUGAUCAGCCUUUAGAUAGGUGUGUGUGGGAGUUUCAAUGGAAUAGUAAAAUGCAGCGAAAUCAUUAGCGAGCUGCACAAACGACGUGUGAGUGUGUGUCUGCGACAGUGAGUGAGUGAGUGAUCGGAGGUUGUGUUUGUGAGGGAUUGUGGGAUGGUUCUUAACAGGAUUUGCUGUAGUCAGCGCAGUCUGGCUCUCCAGGAUAAAGACCCUAGAGCUUCUUCCUGGCAGCAAAGGACACUCGUACACACGCAAAAACACACACCCACACACACACACACACACACACAGUCUCACUUAUAUGUGCAUUUACACGCUAAUGGGUCCACUGAUCCUCUUCCACUCCUCUUAGAAUAUCAUCAUCCUUUUGACCAACUCGAUACUACCACCAGCUCAUGCACAGAAACACACACUCGCAGUUUCACAAUGUGUCACUCAGUCACUCGCUCACAUUAAUGCGCCCACACUUGUUGGCAGGCCUGAGCUGAAAUCUCAUUGUGUCCAGUUGCCAAGCCUUCUGUUCAUUUGUGAGUUAAGGUCUGGUCUCCUGCUUUUCAGAUGUCAACACAGCGGAGAUUAAAGGCGACACCACGGGGCAGCAGGUUCAGAUUCAUCUCCUCUCUGAGUAAACACAGAGGGAAUUAUAAUGAGGUCAAUAAUAGCGGCUCAGCUGCUGAGACAGGCCCCCAGAUUCAUGCUAAAUCUUAUUACGCUGCAUUGAACUCCUCUUCCUGCUCUUUGUACUUAUUUUUAGAUCACUGACAUCAAAUUUUCUCCUGAAAAGCCUUUAAAUGAGUCCAGUCUCAUGAAAAAAUGAAUAUUGGCUGAAUAUCUUUUUUUAAGAAAAGAUUAUAUACACACUUGAAAUGUUCUUGGAGUAUUUGCUUUGCUACUCUGUGUCUUAAUGCACCGAGCAGUGUCUCUCAUUCGUCCUCCCAUGCUUUCUCUUCUUUUUCGACCAUACUUAUCAGCAGCUCAUUUACAAAGAUACCCUAACAAUGCAACUGAGAAAUUACAGCAUUUCACUUGAUAAGGCGUUAUCACAGUAUACACUUGAUAAGUUAUGAAGGUGUGGACAGGGCUUUUCAGUGACAGAGACAGAAAUAGCAUUGAGUUGUCGACCGCAGCGGCUGGAAAUAACUUUCAGAAGCAAGAAGCAAAAGGAGGUUUAUAUCUAACAUGUAAUGUUGUGCAUGAAUCAGUGCAUGAACAGGAGAGAUACUGCAGGACCUCUCUAUCUUUGAUCACCUGCAGAGCAUGUGUCUAGUACUGCGGGUUAUCACAUGCAAAAGAGCUACGGGAUAUCAUCCACAGAUUUUUUUUUAGGGCUUUAUGCCAGGACUGAUUUCAGGGGUGACCCGAUACAACUAUUUUACUUCAGAUAUGACACCAAUAUUGUAGCCUUCGGUACUGUCUGAUACCGAUAUUGAUCUGAUAUUGGCACAAACUUGUGCAUGACAAGUUUUGCACUCAGCUGCAACAUCUUUUUCGGACUUUAAUGAAAAAUACUGCUACAUGGCCAACAUCACUCCUACUCCUUGCUACUUUUUUUCCCCUUAGAACACACUGUUGGCCGACAUAAUUCGAUAUUCGUUUUUUACCGAUAUCAGACCCAUACCUAAUAUCAAUAUCAUAUUGAGACAUCCCUUCUGAGUUUUUGCAGUUAAUGAAGCUGAUAACUGGAAUUUUGAACCAGGGCUGCCACACUAAACCUGAAGUGAUAAUAAACAAAUAUCUUAAAAAAAAUAAAAAUAAAUAAAGAUGUUGUGCUAAAAAUAAACAUACACUGAGUCCAUAAUCGUGUUGGAAGAUAGACAGAGAGGUAGCAGACUGGAUUUGACUGUCAGCUGUGACUAACCCAAAUGUUUAUGCUGUUAGUGUCAGCUUCAGUAUCUGAAUUGAAAACAUCAUAUUGAUCUGUAAUGAAACUUCUAUCUAACUAAAUUGUAUCUCCUUUUUUUCUGUACAGAGGGAUCGUGGCCAGCAUCCUGGUGUUUCUCUGUUUUGGUGUUACUCAAGCCAAAGAUGGACCCUUCACCAGACCACAUCCAGGUAAGAAAAACAUGCUAAUCAGUUGAUGCAUCUAUUGAAAAUGUCUUAAGUAUUAAAAAAAGAGCAAGAGACACAACCUGAACACCACAUAUAUAACAUACAGUUAUCAUAAGAAGCCCAGGUAUUCAGUCUGAGGUUUUAUUGACCUAUUUAUUGAUUGUUUCUCUGUUUAUUUCCUGCACGGAGAUGUAAGAGAACCUAAGAGCAGUUACCACUAAUUUGAUCAAUAGGAACAUCUGAGAGGCUUAUGUUGACUCAAAAAUGAAAUCAAGCUCUUCUGAGUGCUGCUAAUCAAUACAGAGAAAUUAGAGUCGAAUUAAAAAAGACAACUGAGUAAAUCAAGAAUUCAGGGUGGUAGGCUGAGUGUUUUUCCACUCGGAUCCCUCAGAGAAUAAGUGAAAGAAACAAACAAGCCUACACAGGGUGAGCACCUCCAUCACAUGGGGUCUCUGCUGCCCUUAUUAAAUCCAGAACUCUGCGGUCUUCAGUGAAUAGAAAAGAAAAAAAACAACAUGAAAACAAUGCAACCCCUCUGAAACACAAGCACCGCUCCCACUGAUCAGAGAGCUGCUGUUUAAAUGUAAGAUAAGAAUGAAACUUGAGGUUUUUAUGACACACUGUUUGUAUAAUAAUUUACAGCUAUAACCUAAAACAAACAGUCCCACGGCUGCAGAGAGGUUCCUAAGACAGCAAUAGUGCAGCCUGAGUGGAGAGUUUGGAGCUGUGUUGUAGGGGUGGGAGAAACAAUCGAUACCGCAAAGUAUUGCCUAUAUUGAUAUAUCGUAUCGUCUAAUUUAUCAAGUAUUGAUUUUUCAAAUUAAUUGCUAACAUGAAGUCAAAUCUAUGAUUAUUGAAAAAUAAAAUCAACUGUUUGUCCGGUGAGGUUGGCAGAGGUGAAAUCAUAGAGCAGGAGAAAGUUAGUGCAACAAAUAUAUAUAAAAGGUUUGCAAGAUGUGCUACAUGAAAAUAAAAAACAGCAUAAAUAAGACAAACAUAAAGGAAAGACAAACGCUAAAUUAGCUAAACAGUAAAAAAAAAAAAAGGUAUAAAUCGUACUAUAUUGUAUCCUAAUACUCACUGUAUUGAAAAAUGUUAAAACUGCAAAAAUAAGUCAGACUGAUGAUGGAUAAUGCUGCAUAUGAACUAAUGAUAGCAAGGUUUAAUGAUAACAAAGAGAAAUGUAACCAGGUCUGGGGCCAUUUUCUGAGUUAUGUAAAAGGGAAUAGGUGCGUAUGACAUGUGAGGAGAUGAUGACUUAUGUGAGUAUGUAUAUAUGAGCAGGCAAAUGUGUGUAUGUAUAGGUAUAUUAUCAUAUAUUCCUGUUCUUUUAUAGACACUGUUUUAGUGUUGAGCAAUGUGCUGUUAUGUUUAUGGGUUGGGCUCUGUCUGAAUAUAUAUGCAUACUCUGUUUCUGGUGUAAUUGUGAUCAAUAUGGUUGUUUUGUUUGUGCUGAAGUUUGAUAUCUUCUGUAUAAUUUUUAAUUUAUAAAAGUUGAAUAAAAACUUAAAUUACACAGAAAAAAAUCAUAAAAAUACUGUAUCGGGGCUUAAAUAUCGUGAUAAUAUUGUAUCAUGGAGCCACUGGUGAUUCCCACCCGUACUGUGUUCACUGGUUGCGUUAAGGGAGAGCUGCAGAGAAGGGACAAAGAGAAAGCGGUCAGACUUGUCAGGCAUUAUUUCUAACCUAAACACGCAAGUUUUCCACAAACACUGUUUUUCCAGGCUUAAACAGAGUUUGUAAAAAACAAAACUUCCCAUGAUUGUUUAAGAUAAACCUGCACCAGAAGCAAAACUACCGUUUGGUUUGAAGUUAGAGUCUGCUUUGUUACACUGAUACUGUCACUGAACCUUGUCUAUACAGUACCUGUGAUUUCUGUUAUAGUGACUCUGCCCUCAGUUCAAACAGUUACAUUUUUUAACAUAAGGCUCCUCUCCUGCCUCACACAACAUGUUUCCCUAUUUGCUCCAGAGGAAACAUAGAAAGGAAGGAAGAUAACAGGGUGUGGAGGUCACAUGGAGACGUGUGCGUCGAAUGUUGCUGGUUAUCAAAGGCGUGAAGUAUCUAAACAAGAAUAUGGUCUCCUGUCCUGUUGUUACAUUACUUGUCCUUUCUUGCCCCCUUCUUGUGUGAAUGGAAAGACAAGCGAAGGGUUUGUUUCAGAGUGUUUGUGUUUCCAUUGUCUAUGUCAUUUCUGUGACCUGUUCAGCCAGCCAAGUAGGUUCAGUUGCCGUGCACCUUGUUGCGGUUGCAUCACACGUCUGUAUCCUGGGAAAAGACCCAGAGGGACGUUUAAGUUUAUAGGCAGAAACUCUCCACGGUUCACAGGCUGGGAGUGUCAAAGCAAACAGAGCGGGUAUGCAUCAACUUACAAUAAACUUAAAGCAACAGUUGGAGUUUAAUUUUUUCAUGUCAAGAGGCUGAAUGGGAGUUCUUGACUCUCACUCUUAUCUCAAAGCAUGCUUUAAUUUGUCAGCUCAAAGUCACUUAGUCAUAUAAUAUCAGCCAAAAAAAUGCUUUGACUGAAGGAAGCAGCUGAGCGAAUGUGACAUCAACCAAGUUUUGAGUCAUAUCAUUGACUGGAUGUCAAAAGCUGCUUUUUAUAGCUGUUGCUUCCACUCAAACCAUCACUCCUUCUCUUCGUCUUCCCACAGCUUACUGGAGAUUCUGGCUUUGUGUCACCGUCGUCUACGAGCUGUUCCUGAUAUUCAUCCUUUUCCAGGUAGGUAUCUCUACGGUACUGGAGCCAUGAUGGGCGGAAACAUUCGUAGUGAGAUUGAACACAUUCAUCAAUGAGGAUGUGUAUGUUUAGUCGAUCACCAAACAAUCAUUGUCCCCCUUGCUAGUGGACUCCAGAAUCUGUUAAACAUAUUAUUGACAUUUCAGAUUAUUGUUUGUUUGUUUAUUUAAAAGGAUCCCCAUUAACUGACCCCAAGACGACAGCUAGUCUUCCUGAGGUCCAGACAAUGCAUACAAAACACAAUAUUUACAAUCUCAAUUACUCACAAUGUCAAUUAAAAGACAAAAACAACACUGAGAGUAAAAAAUAAAAACAAUUAAAUAAGGAAAAGCAACAUACCUUUCAUGUAUCACAUGACAAAACCUCGCUCAAUCAAUAAUCAAGAUGAUAUUAUGGUGCUGAGAACAAAUAUUACUGUAGGCCUGAAAUGUUUGGCAUACAGUGUCUUUAAGAUUCAUCACAACCACCCACUGCUAGCCAAGGCUGUAGCUCCUGUUAGUGGUGGCUGCUCUAAUGCUAUAAUAAUGCUUUACUAUUUGGAUGAAAACAAGCAAAGAUUGCAUCUUAUUGGCAGUAUUAACAUCGAGAAAAUGGAGAUAAAGUUGUUUGUAGGUGGUAUCUGGUCAAACUGGUAUAUAACCAGUCAGCAGGAGUAAUGCGUGUCCAGUAAAAGUCUGUGGUCGCUCCCCCUUAAAGAGGACUGUAGGCUGGUUGUGAAAGCUCUGCUAAUAUUGGCCAUUCUUGCUAAUCAAUUGGGGUAUCAGCCUUGUAAAAGUCUAUGCUGAUAGUACGCUGAUUUGCGAUUAAUGGGCUGACCGAUUAAUCCUCUUAUCUCGUCACCAAACCUUUUUAAAAUGGACUCUCCAGUCCCAGAGCAAGGAGGGAAAACUUUCUAGAAUCGUGGGAUUUAUCUGUUAAAAGCAGGCAUGGUGCAACAUUUUAAAGACCAAUGCCAAACAGAUGCCAAAGAGUAGGAUUUAAAACGAAUCUCCAAUCCCUGGAAGUACUUUUUAUUUUCUCCCAGUUUAAUCAAAACAUCCAAAUCUGAGCCAGAUGCUUCACAACAAAGUAGAAACACUUAACAGCUGUCAGAGUAUCUUAAUCAGGUCUGGAUCCUUUCUAAAGAACUAAAAUCACUUACACCGUCUAAUUUGACGACUAUUGCAACGCAGACUGUUUUUGUAUAUGUCUCUGUGUCUUCAUUAAAGAACUGCCUUUAGGGACAAUGAGCUUUCGCUGAUGGUUUCUUUACUUCUCUUUUAGACUGUGCAUGAUGGCCGACAGUUCAUGAAGUACAUUGACCCCAAACUCGGGGUGCCUCUCCCUGAGCGCGACUAUGGAGGAAACUGCCUCAUGUACGACCCUGGAAACACCACCGACCCUUUCCACAACAUCUGGGUAAGACUCUUGAAUCCCUCUGACUCACUCCAGCUCAAAUUUUACAAACAAGUUUUGAGUUUGCAGCAACAUUUAUGAUCCUUAAAUUGAAAAGUAGGGUAAAUGUUGUAGAUGUGGAAUAGAAUAGUAGAAUAAAUAGCCCAGAAGCCAUUGCAAGUCCGUUUGCAGUCAUCUGCCUGUCUGUAAAAUGACCAGUUAUUUCCUAUCUUCAUUCGCUCUCUUACUCAGGCAUACACUCAUGCCCCUCUGUCACACUAGCACUCCACCCCUGUCUCACUUUCUCCUGUGGUCCUCUCUCACUCACACACACAAACACAUAGUUGGUGUGUCUGCAUGCCGCUUUGCUCCAGGGGUUUGUGUCUGCUGGUGCAUAUUACAGCCCGUCAGUAGAACCAGACCCUUUUUCCCCCGCGGGGAAGUCUGCUGCUGCUGCUGCUACCAUCAUGACCCACAGUCCAUUUCUACCGUUGGCCUGAUUUCAGUCUGUCAGAGUGGGUCAAACCACCACAUCCUCCUCCACUGAGUUACAGAUCAUCCAUGUAAAUAACCCUCCUCAGAUGUCAAAUUAAGACCAGAUAUUUAGCACUGCCGUCAGUCAAACAUGGAAGGGAUUUGCAGCUACAGGGUAGUUUGGAUUAAAGGUUAAAAAAAAACAUAGCGGUGUUGUGGAACCGGACAAAAAUACUCAUCAGAUGGACCGUGAUGUUAGGAAUAAGAAACAGGGACAGUUAGACGUAGUUCAUUUGUGUGCUGCAUGAGGCCCAUAUGAGUUUUUUACAUGAAGAAAAUUUGAACUAAAUUAAUCUUGUUAUAUUUUGUCUCUGCAGGAUAAGAUGGAUGGCUUUGUUCCAGCUCACUUCCUGGGAUGGUACAUUAAGGUAGGUGUUAAUGGAGCAGGCAGGUCAUGUGACAUCUGUGUGCACUUACUGACUGAACUGUAACUGUGUCAGCUGCCAAGUUUAGAGUGAAUUAGUGUCAGUGACUGUGUUUUGAGAGAAGUAUUUGGCACGUUCUGUCAGCAUGCGAGGAAUGGUAACUAUUUCUGAUAGCACAUGACACACAUUUAAGUCCACUGAAGAUAAAGAGUUUUUCACAAUCCUGACCUGGAAGAUUGCGAGAACCGAAAUCACAAAGAGUUCACUGGUGUGUUGUGAAAUUUUAGGGUUAAGCCACAAAAACAAAUCAUGAUCAGGCAUUUUUUCUGUGACAGUGUUUUUCAUACAGCAGAAGGCUCAGCAGUAUCAGUGUUCUCUGAAACAUUUACAGCAGUGGGAAAAUGUUCCCUGUCUUUCUAUGGUAUCUCUCUGACCUCCUCCCACUCCCCGCCACUCUUCUCCUCCUACUCACCCUCUCCUUUUGCUCUCUCCUCUUCCUCAGACUCUGAUGAUUCGCGAUUGGUGGAUGUGUAUGAUAAUCAGUGUCAUGUUCGAGUUCCUGGAAUACAGCCUAGAACACCAGUUACCUAACUUCUCUGAGUGCUGGUGGGACCACGUAUGUAUAAAUAUCACUGCUCUUUUUAGAUUGAACUCAGGAUUAUAACCUGGAUUGGAUUCUCAGGUCUUUGACCAUAAAAAAGACAAAGAUAGAUUCUAAACUGGUGAAUUGUGGUGUUUGCUAAUUGAAGACUAUUAAAAUGAAACUUCUUUAUCAUUUGAACAAUAUUCUAGUGUUUCCUCUAUUUCCCCAGAAAUUAAAGGCGUAGAUUAAUACGGUUGAUUGUUAUUUUUAUAAAAACGGCCUAUAAAAUAUAAUUUGCGCAAUUUCAGACUCUAAAGCUAGCAAUCGUUUCAUUACUUUCAAGCGAAAUUAAUCUCACCACUCGCUCUCUAUCUCACAACAUAUAGACACGCCGACAUGCCACGCCGCGUAGUUCAGGGCGCGUCAUGUCAGCACCACUGAUUCUGGUAUUCUGGUCGUGAACGCUUGCGGCACAUACUCUGCCAGUUUGCCACAGGAUGGUUUUGAAAACCUGGGGUUCUGGCUCCUUUCCAUCAUGUUUUCCGCCACCAGAACAACAAAAAUAACUGGGCAUGGAGCACCGAACUGUCCGCGAAUGUUCAGCAGCCCGAUUGAACAUACCUGAAUUCCUCAAAAAGACGGUAUGAGGAUGGUACGUAGUGACGGUACGUAGAGGACGGUACGUUGAGGACGCCACACAUUCUCUUGUAGAUGCUAGCUUGAGCAUCCCUCCCAGCCCCAAAAGCAGCGCUGGUUCAUCUCCCACCACCCCUAUGUCAUUCAGGGGUGAUAUAUGUCUACCUGUUGCAUCCCCGUCCCCCCUGCCAACACGGAAACGCUAGGGGAAACACUGUAUUCACAUUAAAUAUGGAGUACAUCCUUCUUUAGUACUUCAUGAUUCAUGAAGUAAAACCUUUUGAGCAAAAAGGCACAAAUAAGGCAGCCAAUAAGACACUCCCAAAUCAAACACUGACAUUGUUUUCAUCUUAGAUAAGGUCUGAACCAAACAUGCCAUGCCUUUGGAUUGGUGUUGAUGAAGAUAUUGCAGCAAAUGAACUCCAUCAGAGUCAUUUUGUCGCGUCUUGCUACAUGAACGCAGCUGCUUUACUGUCAAAGCUGUUCAGUUCGCUCCCUGAGAGUUACAAGUGUCAUUAUGUGGUCAUUUAUUCACAUGAUAAGAGCUUUAUGGUACGCCAGUAAAACAUUGGAAAGCUUAUAAAGGAGUUAGUGAUUGCAGGAGCGAUUGUGCUGGGAUCAUUAAAAGCAAGGACAGACAGCCGAGUUGUAAUAUGUUGACUAUAACAACAAAUUUAGACCUGGAUGAGAAUUAAGUGCUUUACUUAUUUUCUUUAUUCUUUCUUUACAGCUUGAUAAAGUUGUUUCUCUUUUUCUAGUGGAUUAUGGAUGUGUUGGUGUGUAACGGUCUGGGGAUCUACUGCGGGAUGAAGACCUUAGCCUGGUUGUCGAUGAAGCCCUACCAGUGGCAGGGCCUGUGGAACAUUCCUACAUACAAGUACGACUUCAAACUCACUGCCUCAAAACACCAAUAACAAACGUACCUUUAAAACUGGAUUUGGUCUAUUUGAAGAUGUACCUAACCUAAGAACCUAAGACAAGGCCCCUGAAAGAAAUGCAUGAAGAUAAAUUGUGUUUAUUUCUGUAUUUUGUGUGUUUGUAAUUUGACUCUGUUGUGCUUCUUGUAGGGGAAAGAUCAAGCGUAUCGCAUUCCAGUUCACACCCUACAGCUGGGUGAAGUUUGAGUGGAAACCUGCAUCAAACCUUCGCCGCUGGCUUGCUGUUCUAGGAAUCAUCUUCAUGGUAAGAAGAAGUAUCAGGGGACCAAAUCUGAGAUUAUAUGACGUACAAGUAUAAAAGUUACUUAAUAAAUUGUUAUCUUGGGUUUAUCACCCUUUUUUGAACUCAGUGCGGACUUGUGUUCGCUUUCUCUUCCCUCCUCAGUUCCUCUUGGCUGAGUUGAACACCUUCUAUCUGAAGUUUGUGUUGUGGAUGCCUCCUGAACACUACCUGGUGCUGCUCCGUCUGGUCUUUUUUGUCAACGUGGGAGGUGUAGCCAUGAGGGAAAUCUACGACUUCAUGGAUGACCCGUGAGUAGCGUUAGCGUGAGGUGGGCUGGUGGGGUUAGCAUAGGAGUUAGAUUGACAAAUUUGUAGAAAGCUUUUUCUUCAGCUGCUCUUGAGCUAAUAUGAUAUGAUUAGUUUAAACGGCAUGUUGCUAAUAGUCCGUGUCAUUUUUUUAAAGAUAUUACCCAAAUGUUUGCGUUCCACAUCCUUACUGUGAAGAUUUAUUACAAUUCUUAGUCAUCUGAAAACCAAAGGAAGAGAUGGUUGAACAAAGACAAACAUCACAAGCAAACUUAGAAACCAAAUUUUUCUAUGUCCACUUUUUUUUUUCACUUUUUUUUUCUGUCUUUCAUUUCCUUCUCUCUCUUCGCCUUGUCUUUCUUUCUUUUUUCCUUCUUUUUCUUUCUCUUUUCCCUCUUUUUCUCUCUUUCUUUCUUUCUUUAUUUCUAUCUCUCUUUCUUUUCUUUCUCAAUCUUUUUUCUUUCUUUCUUUCUCUCUUUCUUUUCCUUCUCAAUCUUUUUUCUUUCUUUCUUUCUUUCUUUUCGUUUUUCUUUUCUUUCUUUCUUUCUUUCUUUCUUUCUUCUUUUAUUUUUUCUCUUUCCUUCUUUCUUUUGUUCUUUAUUCAUUUAUUUUUUUCUCUUUCUUUCUUUAUUCAUUCAUUUUAUUUUUCUUUCUUUCUUUCUUUCUUUCUUUCUUUCUUUCUUUCUUUCUUUCUUUCUUUCUUUCUUUCUUUCUUUCUUUCUUUCAGGAAGUUCCACAAGAAGCUGGGUCAGCAGGCCUGGCUGGUGGCAGCCAUCACUGUAACCGAGUUCCUCAUAGUCGUCAAGUACGAUCCCAACACCAUCAUGCUGCCUAUCCCCUUCUUCGUCAUGCAGUGCUGGUUUUUAGGACUCAUCCUCAUCUUUACCUGGACCUUAUGGAGGUUCUUCAUCCGGUAAGAAGUGGGAUGUUACCAGGGGUAACCUAAUUUCUUAUAAAAACUUCAGAGACUCUGCAGUGUUUUGAUGCAAAUAAUAAUAAUAAUACCUACACAGAAGCUUUGACAGCGUUCUACAACUGUGAAAUGUACUGACCCAGACUCAGUUUGAGCUGAUUUUCCAGCCAAGAUUAUUCUAGCAGUGCAAAAGUGUUAUCAUCUUUUUAUUCAGAGGGGAAAAUAGGGUUUCUGUGAGGAGGGAGCUCAUAAUUGUUGUUUUUAUAAAGAAGACUUUCACAAAAUAAAGGGAUGCACUUCAGCUGCCCUGCCUCUACACUCAGGAAGCUCAAAUGUUAUUCCUCUCAUUGAAUUGCCAGAAUCAGUUUCUUUCAGAGUAGCCCACUGGAUUUUAUGACUUUAGAUGCAUGGGAUCUUAUUCAAUAAUAUUUAUAGAUUUUCUUUUCGGCGCAUAACCGUCAGCAGCGAUAUAUCCUCAGCUACUUUUUUGUUUGGUCCACCUUCUGUUGAGCUCUGUUCCUGAUUUUCCCAGCAUGGUAAGCUUCUCAUCUGUCUCUCUCCCAUCCUUUCUCUUUUUCCUUUCCCUUCUCCUGAACUCUGUCUUUCUUUUGCUCAGCAGUAGUGUCCAUGCACACUGAGGUAGGUAUAUGAGAGAGCUGCUCCCAUGUAUCACCAGCGUUGUAUUUCUUUUUAAAUGAAUCACUGUGGAGAUCAUUGACUUAUUCAGAGGAUCUUUGAGAUCAACACAGAUAACUCUUCACCUGCAUGACACUUCUUUUUUGUUUUGUGUUUUUUUUUUUUUUUUUGCUGUGUUGGACCGAUCAUCUUCAUUUUCAUUUUUCUUACCCUUCGCUGAAGUUAACAAACUCAGACAGCAGCCAGCUGAUGCUGACACCGUAGAUAGGACAGAAAAACUGAGUACCUCGCACACACACAGACUUGACGUCAGUCAGCAUGCCAGCUCUUUCUGCUGAGCUACCCAUCAUCUCAACUCUGUAUCUCACAGUGCACCCUCUCCAUUCGUACUCUGCAGUGCAUUAAGGACACUGACGCAUGCCAUUAAUACUCUCUCACAUCUUGGUGAAACUCUAUUCACAUUAGCAACAUGGGAUUUCCUUUAGGAUUUAUAAAGUUCUGUCUUAUCCCAUAAAAAGGUAUUACUUCACUACAUUUUAGGGUUUUCUGACAGGAAGGAGGAAGAGCAGUAGGUGAUGUUGAAAACUGCUCUGUGUGCCAGCAAACAGGCUGAGAAGCUUUAUAGUUUAUAUCACAAUAUACUGAUAUUGUUGUAAGCAGGGAGAUUACUUUGAAGUGUUUAUUAAUGUGCAGUAUUUGUCAAUGAUUAUCUCGUAUCCUAAUUUAUAUCAUUACGACUGUGUUUAUUCAAUCUGUCCUUCACUCACUCACUCACUACCCAUACAAAGCCUCCAACCAUGGGGGUGCAAUCAGACACUCAUGAAAAGACUUAAAAGCUGUGGAUACUUAAAGGUAGAAUCUGAUGUUGUGUAAAAUGCUGAAAAAUUAGAACUGAUGGUGGUUUGCAAAUCCUUUAAAUUCAAUAUGUAAUAGAAAAAAAGAGCAGAGGCAACAAUGUUAAAAAAAUUAUAUAUAUAUUUAUAUAUAUAUAGUGUUUUAUGAAAGAUUUAUGCUUGUUUUGAAUUUGAAGAUGGCAAUAUGUUUAAAAAAGUUGUGUUGCAUCACCUCUUUUUGAACAACACUUUCGAAAUGUUCUUUUUUAUUAAUUGCUGAUCUGUGGUGCUUACAGGGGGAAUGUUUGCUGCUGUGAAUGUCUCGCAUUUGUUUGUUCCCUGAUUGUUAAAUAAUAAGGAAGGUUAACAGUGAAAUGAGUUGACCUUUGGGGAUUUAUAAAGUUGUCUGAAUCUGAAUCUGAGUUUGAGACCGGUCUCUGAAGGUUUUGAGAGCGAUCCAGUUAUAUUCUCACCUGAUGUGGGAUCUCAGCUCAGGGUUAGAGAAGUCACUGGUGUUUCUGGUUGAUUUAGAUUUCCUCUUUGCAUGGUACAGUUUUAGCCACUUCCGUGGAUGCAGGAGCAAACUGUGAUUAAAGACAGUGAUGUUUUGAGAGGGAUUUUGAGCCCAUGCAGUGACUUCCACUACAGAGUCAUGGCUGUUUUUUAAUGCAGUGGGUCUGAAGGUGAAGGCCAUACAUUACUGGUUUUUGACCUUGUCUUUUUGUACAGAGAUUUCUACAGAUUCUCUGAAUUUUUGGAUGCUGAAAGUUUUUUUGUAAACUAACACUGAGAAAUAUUGUUGUAAAACUGUUGUAUUAUUAACUCACACAGCCUCUCACAGAGCGAUGUGUCAUUUCCAAACCUUUAAAUGCCCCUUUUCUGUACCCACUUAUGUUAAAAUCAUGCUAUUUAUUCUAAUUGCUAGUGGUCGAUAUGUCGAUAUAUCAUUACUGUGGAAAAGACAAUUUUGCUGAUGGUGACAAGGAAAGUUCUUAAAUUGAUGAUUGGCUGCUUCAUUGUUGAUGUUGACUUGAUUGACUCUGUGCAUUGGCUUCAACACUGCGUGACAGUACCUGUGUCCAAAUGGACUUGAAGCACUUAGUAGUUCUUACUGAUCUUUUCUUCUUGUCUAGAUCUUUGCUUGUUUUGUUCUUGCUCUCAAAUGUACAUUGCUUUGGAUAAAAGCGCCUGCUAAAUGAUAUUGUACAAUUGUAGCCAGAAACAAAUGUGAGUCAAGUCAAGAAAUGAAGGAAAAAUACAUCAGACUUUGUUAUAGAUAUUGGAAUAGAGGUAAUAUGAAACUCCAUUACUCUAUAAAUCAUAGAAGAAUGCAUAUCAUAGAGACACAGUCACAGUUAGAUUUGAGCUGCUGUCAUUUAAUGUGUUACAAGUAAAAAAGAUGUUGACGCUGCUGGACUGCUGCUACACUGACGAGGCUGUUCACAGUGUCACUUUUUUAAAUGUGCUGCUGGCGUCAAGCUCAAGGCAACAUUUUUUAAGAAACAAAUUCUUUUGCAAACCAUCCAGAUGUUUUUGUACCAACAUUAUACACAAAACUUUUUUUUUUUUUUAAUUUUAGAGGUACUUAAAUUGUUGCCUUUGUUGUGAUGGGUGUAAGGGUGUUAUACAUGGAUGAGGAUUAGGGCCACAUAAAGAGGAAAAUAAUAAUUACAGGAAGUAGAUUAAAGUCAAAUUUCGAGAUUUAAGUUGAAAUUUUGAGAUUAAAAAAUCAAAAUUAUGCCAAUGAAGUCAAAAUUUUGAGAUUAAAAAUUGAAAUUUCAAGAUUAAAGACUAAACUUUGAGAUUAAAGUCGAAAUUUUGAGUUAAAAAAAAAUUUAAAAUUAUGUCAAUAAAGGCAUAAAUUCCGAGAUUAAAAAUACAAAAAUUAGAUUAAAGUCAAAAUUUCGAGAUCACAAAAUGUGAAUAAUGUCAAAAUUUUGACAAAGUCGAAAUUUUGACUUUAAUUGCAAAAUGGAAAUUAAAAAAAUCUCCCUCCUGUAAUUAUUAUUUUUCUCUUCUUUUGGCCCGUAUCCUCUUUCAUAGUUAUAACUCCAAACAGUUGACAGGGUAAGUAUUUUGCUUAAAAAUUGACAAAAAAAAAAAAGAAAAAAACAAGAAUGUGAUUAGUUUCUCAAAAUGCUCUUUAAAAACACAAGUAAUAAAAACAGAGCUGAGAGGAUCUGAAGCCUGAUUCCCCAUUAAAAACUUCCCCUCCGUCUCCUCGCAGAGAUAUCACACUCCGGUACAAAGAGACCCGUCGACGCAAACAGGAGGUCCCCACAGAGCGGGAGCGUCCGCUGGGUAAUGGCAGCACAGCAACGCCGUCUGGCCGGAGCAAACUGAACGGCAGCUCUGAGACAGUUCGGCAGAGGAAGUCCUGAGACAGGAGGGACCCCAGACCAGACCUGACCGUCCAGUCAUCAGCAGCCGGAGGAGAAAGAGGAGAGGUUUGAGCAGACUGAAAGAAGCACAUGUAGAGACAAAGAGAUGGACACAUGGACGUGCUGUGUAGACUUUUUUGUGCCUACAUGAACCGAGUUGUCAUUCACCAGAGAGGAGAGGUGCAGGGGGAGUUUUCAUUCAGUGCAUUGUAUAGUAAUUGUCUUACUACAGGGAUUUACCUCAUUCUAUUUUUGAUGGACAUUUGGGGAAUCGUAGACAAGUAGAUUCGUUUUUGUGUUAUUUAUACGAUACUUUGGAUGUUGGUUGACGAGGGAGGAAAAAUAAAGAAAGGCUGACAAAGAUGAACAGGGAAGUAGGUAGACUCUUGACCAAUAAUCGUGGACGUUUUCCUUUAACUCUGCUGCACUUUGUCUCUAAAAAUGAGACAGGACAUCAGGGACAUGUCCACAAAUGUAAAUAAGCUUUCUUCUGUGUUGUGCAGGUGAGAGAAAGGAGAGUAUUUGGAGAAGUUUCUGAAGGUCACUAAAGUUCAGUAUCAGCUUCAGUUUUGGUCCUAACGUAGCCGAGCAGCAACGACGUACAGCUUGGUUCAUGAGGAAACAUUUCCUCUGUUUUUGUUCGGUUUAAAAACACCACCUUCCAGUUGUGACAUUUUCGAGCACUCUUGUCUUAGCUAUGGCUCCAGGCUGGUGAUUAUUUGUUGAAAGGAAAUGUAGAAGACAAUAUCAGCUUUUCCGUUCUAGUUCAGGGAGGAGUGUGGGGGUCCUUGUUACUGCUGAGGGUCCCCCUUCAGUCUGAAGAACUGCCCAAAGCCUUUCUCUCAUUUUUCUGUAAAUGAAUGACAACUUUUGUGUAAAAAAAAAAAAGACGAAGAAGACUAAAACCAAGAUGUACCAUAUUCGAGGUAUUUAACUGUCGAUAUUAUACACGAUAUACGGGAUAAAGUCUGGGUGUUUUGUUUUGUAGAUGUUUUUGUUAUCACUCGGUUAAAUGACUUCUGAACACUAGAUUGUACUCGUUUCUUUUUUUUUCUUUGUUUUGCUAAACAAGGUGCUGAGCAGCACUCAACUGAACACUUCCAUGACAAUCAUGCUGACAGGAAGCUGUGCUCUCUGUUGGCUGAGACAUGUUGGCUCACAUACAGCAGAGAUCUGGACGGUCCUCCGCUUUAACACGACUGUACAACAAUGCUAGACUGACAGCUCAUUCAGCCGCAUCAGAGCCUUUAUUUGACGUCUGAUUCCUUUUAUGCCAAAUGUUUUUAUUUAAAUGUUAAGUUUUAUUCAAAUGAAAGGAUCUGUAGUGUCUGAAUGAGCUGAUGAAAAAAAACUGUCCUCCUCUUUGGGCAGAGGGAAAUGAAGAUUUAGGUUUCUGUGUGUUUUGGUUUGGGAAGAGAAGCAUCUUUUCCAGCCCUGGUGGGCUGCCAUGUUGCACAUGCACCAAGCCAAAGCUUCGAUUUCAUUUUUGCUUAAGCCAUAAAUGCCAUCUAAACUCACCUGAACUUUUCAAACUGCUGCUAAACCUCAUUUACACUCCUCUCAAAUUCCAACCAAGUCCCAAAGCCACCAGGGUCCUCAUGUCAGCGUUCGGUUUUUUAUGUCCUUCGUACUUCUCUGAUCUCUGCUUCUUGAAUGUCUCUUAGUCCCAAAUUGGAAUUAUCUCAGUGUAUAUUUAUUUGUUAGUUACAAAGCUGUACAAUGAAACGCUGUGUUUGAGUUUCCUCAGAAGUCAGGUGUCCGAGCUGUGAAUGACGUCACACCCGAGUUCCCAGCAAUUCACUUACCAAGUCGGAAAAAAGCAAAAUCGGAGGCGGAGACAAGAUGGCUACAUCUACGAAAGAGGAUGCAAAAAUAACUUAGAAUUGUUUAAAUAACAAGCGCUAAAAUAACUUUUGUAGAUGUAGCCAUCUUGUUUCCGCCUCCGAUUUUGCUUUUUUCUGACUUGAUAACUGAAACGCUUGGAACUCGGGUGUGACGUCAUACCCAGCUCGGACAUCAGACUUUUGAGGUAACUUGAACGCAGCGUAAAUCCAUGGUUAUAUGUAAAUUCACCAAAUAUGGAGAGUAAAGUUAUAAGAUAAUUGGUGGACAAAGCUUCUGUUCGUUAAGAAUUUGCUGAUAUCUUUUGUCUUUCAUUAUGAUGAACUAAGAAUCUUUUUGGACUCUUGGGCUGACGAGUAGAAUUUAGAACUGAAAUUAUGAAAAUGUGUUAUCCUUUUUUCCUCCUUAUCUUUUAAAGAAAAAAGAAAAGAUAAUCAAAAAGGCGGGAAAUUGAACUAUUAACAAAGCAAGUGAAAUCUGCUGUCUACUGUUAUAGAGUUUCAUCGUUUUUGAACACUCGCUUCUCACUUCGAAAGCUUUGCUCUUACUUUUGUUUUCAGGUCUUGUUGCUGUCAGAGAAUCGGUUAAUUGUUUCGUGUUAAUCAUUGCGUCCCUCUGACUACACACUCCAAAGUAAAAACAAACUGCAUUGUAAUUGUUUCCUGUGAAUGUAAAACCAGCUAUCCUCCGUCCAUGGAGAUGGCCUGGUGAUCAUUUAACAGCUUGUUUUGCCAUUAAACUGUAAACCAAUGAUUGUUAUUCAUGCAAGGUUUAUUUUUCUUUCAAACUUGGCUGCAGAUGUCUCAGAUUUUCACUCUUCUCUGUUUUCCAGAAGCUGCAAAAUAAGCCCCUGUAAUCGAUGUUUAACUGAGACAUCAUAGUUGCUAUCCUGUGCUGUAAAAAUUCAGCAACAUCUUUGUACAUGUAUGUUGGGGAUUCACUGUGUACCUGUCUCCAUGCCUUGGUUUGAGUGGAUAUGCUUUUGUUCAAAAUCACCGAAAACUUAAAUCCAACUUGAGUCAUAACUUUGCACAUCAGCUCUGACUAAACAUAACUGUGGUGUCAGACUCUGAGUUCAUGUUUCAGCUGUGGAAAUAAAUGAUGAAGUGGCCCCCCCUCCCCAAAGAAGACCUUUUCCUUACGAGUGUUCAGUGUAGUUUCUCCUGCAGCCACAUGAGGGCAGUAGAUGUAUUUUCACCUCUCUGUCUUUGCCCUGCAUUGUCUCUGUCUGGCAAUGAUCUCUUACAACUUGCUGUAAAAGCCAUUUUCAACAUGGUUUGUGUAAAUGUGAACAUGUUAAAGAUCAUAUGAACUGAAAUAUGCUGCUGCACCACAUAAUUUUAUAAUGUUUUCAAUAAAAUCUACUUGAAAACCCAAAAGA